GCUCAGUGAGAACCAUGAUUUCACGAAUCACUGCGUGCUGCUCCAUAAAACAAUGGCAGCGGGCUCCUAUCGUGUGAUGCGACUCGAACCCUAUUAGAGAAGUCUAUUUCCUGCUCGUCUUCCCUCCAUCUUUCCCUUGCAAAUAGCAUCGAAGCCCGGAUUUCCACUCUUGUAUUGUGUCACGCAGCUUCACACCAGAACUCCCGGAAGCUAUCCGCAUCGACCCGAAAUAAAUUGACGAGGACACACGAUUUCAAUUGAAAUAGUCCCUGUUUCCUCCUUUUCUCAUACGCUCCUACUUCCCACAUACUAUUUCCCAAUCGUUCAUCAUGGCUUCCAACGGCAGCGGCGUUCCGGUCCAAAAUGAAAAGGUUAACACAGACAUUGUGACCCUCACUCGAUUCCUCACAGAAGAGCAAGCAAAGCACAAGGAGGCCAGUGGAGAUUUUACAUUACUUUGUCAUGCCCUCCAAUUCUCCUUCAAGUCGAUUGCAUACUACAUCCGACGGGCGACCCUGAUCAACCUUACCGGCCUCGCAGGCUCAAGCAACACCACAGGCGACGACCAAAAGAAACUCGAUGUCAUUGGCAAUGAUCUGUUCAUCGCAGCCAUGCGUUCUUCCGGAAAGUGCGCGGUUCUGGUCUCCGAAGAAGAGGAGGAAGCCAUUUUCUUCCCGGAACACCCGAAUGCUCGGUACGCAGUGGCAUGUGAUCCUAUCGACGGUUCCUCCAAUUUGGAUGCUGGUGUGUCUGUUGGUACGAUUUUUGGCAUUCAUAAGCUGGCAGAAGGAUCAAAGGGCACAAAAGAGGAUCUGUUGAAGCCUGGAACGGAACUGAUUGCUGCUGGAUUUACGAUGUACGGUGCUUCCGCUCAGCUGGUUAUUACAAUGAAAGGAGGCAACGUCAAUGGCUUUACGAUGGACAAUGCCCUGGGAGAAUUCAUCCUCACCCACCCGGACAUGCGGAUGCCGAAGAAGAGAGCAAUUUAUUCCGUAAAUGAGGGAAAUUCCUUGUACUGGGAGGAACCAGUCAAGCAAUAUUUCAACUCGUUGAAGUACCCUACGGAGAAGGAUGGCAAGCCGUACUCUGCGAGAUACAUCGGAAGUAUGGUUGCCGAUGCGUACCGAACCUUGCUCUAUGGCGGAAUCUUUGCGUACCCGGCGGAUAAGAAGAGUCCGAAGGGAAAGCUGAGAAUUCUCUACGAGUGUGCACCAAUGGCUAUGGUCUUUGAGAACGCUGGUGGUCAAGCACUUAACAGCAAGAUGCAGCGAAUGAUGGAGAUUGUCCCAGAGCAUAUCCACGACAGAUCAGGUAUUUUCAUGGGUAGCUACGACGAAAUGGAGAAGGUCAAAGCCUACCAUAAGUAGGUAUGAUCGGAAAUGAUUGGCAUGGACUGGAAUGAGGAUUGCGCAGAUUGGAUAUGCAUUACAAGGAGUACCUAGGUUGAUUGCAACGUCCAGACAUGAUGCAUGGUAAAUCCUAGUUUGUGACGUGAAUAGCAACUGAUUGAGUAGAAGCAUGUGCAACCCUGAGAACAGUGUAUUCGUUCCAGAGGCUCUAAGUAGAGCCAAUGAACUGUCGCUCGCCGCUGAGAAAAGAAAACUAUACCUGAGCGAGUGGUCAAGUGGCCAAGGGACAG